UCCUUAAUUAAUUAUUUAGCAGCUGCAAAACGUGCAGGGGUUGUGUUUGGUUGUGGUUUUUUCGUUUUGGGCUUCGUAAUCAAAAUUUAAAGCUUUUCCAAUUCUUUAAAAUAGUAAAAUGCUGCUAACAUUAAACCGUAUACCAAAAGUGACAACCACAUUGCUAUGGCAAAAUAUGAAAGUGAAUGUGAAACCAUUUACACCCGUUUUUACGAAGUUUUAUACCACAACAUCAGAGGAGGCCAUGGCUGCCAGUGAUAAAACUAAAGUUACUAGUGAACGUAUUAAAAUCGGUGAUGUAACCAAAGAUUUGAAGCCGCCAAAGAAUCCAGAAUUAAUGCCACAAAAAUAUGUUCAAUACAACGAGGAUGGCACACUACAACUGACACAAUCCGCUUUACAUCAUUUGCGUUGGAUGCUGCAAAAGGAUAUCCUAAAACAGGAUAUGUUCCUUAUUGGACAGCCGGGUUCGCUAAGGCGACAACUGGCCAUGCAAUAUCUGGAGUUAACGCAGCGUGAAUUGGAAUACAUUGCCUUAAGCAGAGACACCACCGAAAGCGAUUUGAAGCAGCGAAGGGAAAUCAAAGAUAAAGCAGCCAUUUAUUAUGAUCAGUGUGCUGUGCGUGCGGCUGUGAAUGGACGUGUCCUUGUGCUUGAUGGUGUGGAGCAUGCCGAGCGCAAUGUAUUGCCCAUAUUGAAUAAUUUACUUGAAAAUCGUGAAAUGCAUUUAGAGAAUGGCAAAUUUUUAAUGGCACCCGAACGUUACGAUAAAUUAUUGGAGACAUACACGAAGGAGGAAUUGGACAAAUUGGGGGUGCUACGCGUUUCUGAAGAUUUUCGUGUGGUAGCGUUGGGAUUGCCUACGCACAAGUAUAAAGGCACGCCAUUGGAUCCACCUUUGCGUUCACGCUUUCAAUCGCGCAAUGUCUCACAUCUAGCAUUUGAUGAGAUGCUAAUCGAUCUGCAGACACUGGCUCCAAAUGCACCUGUGGAUAAGCUUAAAAGUUUAGUAAGCUUUGGCAUGGCAAUUCAGGCUGCGGAACAGGUUGAUAAUCUGCCUGACUUUCCGCUUGACAAUCUUCAUCUCGUUGCUAAAAUGAUGCAACAAAAUCCACACAUCAGCGUACACGACGCCAUUACACGCAUCUAUCCAUAUCAGACAUGCAUGAAGAAAGAACACAUUGAACGCGUAAAGACCUUAUUAAAAUCUUUAAAAAUAAAUCCACUGGAUCACAAACCUGUAAAAAGUGUCACUGUAGCCAAGACGAACGAGCAGACACCAGAUAUUCUACAAUUUCAAAUCGACGAUGUGUCCAUCGCAGCACCUGGUAGUCAUCGCGUUGCUGCAACGCAAAAGCUGAAAGAAUUUGUGGAUCUUGAUCACCAACGCAAUGUAUUAGCAGCAAUGAUACAAUCCAUUGCUGUGGGCGAUAUUUGUUUAAUUGGUCAAAAGGGUGUUGGUAAGAUGACGCUCACAAAUCACUUGGUAAACCUACUGAAUCAGUCGGUGGAUACAAUGAUACUCUAUGAAGACAUAACAUCGCGUGAUUUAAUACAACAACGUAUUACUUCGCCGGAAGGUGAUACCGUAUGGCGUGAUUCACCACUGGUGCGUGCAGCCAAAUAUGGCUCCAUCGCCGUGUUGAAUGGCGUGCAUCGUUUGCAUAAGAGCACGGUUACAGCGUUGCAACGUUUAAUACAAGAUCGCGAAUUGCAACUCUGCGACGGCACAAUUCUACUGCAACCGGAACGUUAUAACGCACUCCUUCAGCAGGGCCACACUAAACUGGAAUUGGCCGAAAAGAAUAUCAUGAAAAUACACGACUCCUUCCGCAUUAUUGCGCUGGGUGAACCACCAAAUCCUAGUCAACCCGCACAAAAUUGGCUUACCUCGGAAAUGUUAAGCCUCUUCCUCUACCUUGAAGUGCGUCCACUGCAGCAGAGCGAAGAGUUUGAAAUCAUACGCAAGCUCUAUGGCGAUGUCGAUGCGGAUAUACAUAAAAUCAUUGACUUGUCGCAUAAUUUGCGUGAGUCCCAUGAUGCCACACUUACGAACCUCGCUGGCACAUUGUCCACACGUCAACUCUUGAAGAUUGCGCGUCGCAUGUCAGCCUUCCCCAGCAGCAGCAGCGGCCAGCAAGCGAGUACUUUAACCUCCGCCUAUGAUAUACUGCAGAAUACUUUUCUCGCCAAAUUUAUGCUCGCUUUGCCUCGCGCCGCACUUGAGGAUGCCAUAGCGCGUGCCGGCAUUGAGAAGAGCAGAUCAGCGUCGGGUGUGCGACGCAAAAUCAACGUCGAAAACAAUGUGUUGACCAUAGGCAACACCAGCAUGCCGCUGGUCGCCACAGACGCCGAGUCGAAGGUGCCAAGCACGCUGUUUUACGAGAUGCCACAACAUGUGGAGCUCUUGGAGCGCUUGUUACAAGAUUUCAUAAUCGGCGAUCACCUGCUGCUGGUGGGUAACCAAGGUGUGGGCAAGAACAAGCUCAUCGAUAAGCUGCUGCAGUUGAUGAAUAAGCCACGUGAGUACCUGCAGCUGCAUCGCGAUACGACGGUGCACAGCUUAACGGUACAGUCGACGCUACGCGACGGUCAGGUCAUCUAUGAGGAUAGUCCGCUGGUGAAAGCAGUCAAGAGUGGGCAUAUAUUGGUCAUCGAUGAGGCCGAUAAGGCGCCUGUGAACGUGACAUGCAUCUUGCGCACGCUCGUUGAGAAUGGCGAAAUGUUUCUCUCAGACGGUCGUAAGAUUGUGCCAGCCGGUGAGGCGGAGGCAGCUAGAGAUGCUGGUCACACUGGUGAAAUCAUUGAAAUGCAUCCGAACUUCCGUGUUAUAGUUUUGGCCAACCGACCAGGCUUUCCCUUCCUUGGUAAUGAUUUCUUCGCUUCGCUGGGUGAUGUCUUCAGUUGUCAUGCCGUUGAUAAUCCCUCACCUGAUUCAGAAAUAUACCUCCUACAGAAGUAUGGCCCCUCAGUACCAAUGAAAACACUCGCCAUGCUGGUCAAUGCUUUCGGCGAGCUGCGCACAAUGGCCGAUGAGGGUCUCUUAAACUAUCCAUACUCCACCAGAGAGGUGGUGAAUAUCGUGAAACAUUUGGAGAAGUAUCCAAACGACUCCAUGUCCGAAUUGGUUGGCAAUGUAUUGGACUUCGACAAGUACCAACCCGAGGCGCUAGAACAGGUGACCACUGUUUUGUCCAAACAUGGGCUCCCUAUCGAAGCCUAUGCACGCAAUGAGCUAUUUGCAUUGCGUCGCAAGAAGGAAAUCCAAUUGACGGUGGAGCGCACAAGUGGUCUGGGUGUCUCCGGCCCUAAGUAUGGUAAAGUGGAUCCGAAAAAUGAGCCACAUGUGGGAGGUAAUACUUGGGCUGGUGGUAGUGGUGGUCGCGACACUGCUGGACUCGGCGGCAAAGGUGGUCCGUUUCGUCUUGACGCUGGGCACAAAGUGCAUCAACUCUCCGACGAGGAGAAGGACGCCAUACCCGAAGAAGUGAAGCGUGCUGCGCGUGAAAUGAAUCGCAAGGCGUUCGAAGAUAAGUUGAAGGAGAUACGCAUGUCAGCGCAUGAUCACAAUUUAUAUGCACAAUUCAGCGAACCCAAUCGUAAGCAAGUGCAGCAGCUGAAGGCCGUUUUGGAGGCCAUGCAGACGAAGAGUAAAGAGCGCCAGUGGCAGAAGUACCAAACGCAUGGCGAACUGGAUGACACGCGUUUAAUUGAGGGUAUUACGGGCGAAAAGAAUAUCUACAGACGACGCGCUGAAGCCAAUCCCUGGGCCGAUCAUGUGCAGGAAAAACCCAAUCGAUUGAAGCUGGUAGUCGAUGUUUCCGGUUCCAUGUACAGAUUCAAUGGUUAUGAUGGACGUUUGGAUCGUGAACUCGAAGCCGUUGUCAUGGUUAUGGAAGCUUUCGAGGGUUUCGAAAAGAAGAUCGUCUACGAUAUCGUUGGUCACAGCGGCGAGGGUUGGGAAAUACCCUUUGUCUGCGCAGGCAGUCCACCGAAAACGGACAAGGAACGUUUCGAGACCAUACGCAUGAUGCAUGCACACUCACAGUUCUGCUGGUCGGGUGAUAGCACGGUGAAGGCUAUCAAAGAAGCCGUCAACACCUUGUCGAACGAAGAGUACGACAACUCAAUCGUGGUGGUACUUAGCGAUGCGAAUCUGUCACGUUACGGCAUACAACCGCGUGAUUUGGCGAAGGCUCUAAUGAAUGGUGAACCCAAGGUGAAAGGUCACGUGCUUUUCAUUGGCAGUUUGGAGGAGGAGGCCGAUCUUAUAAAUGCGCAAAUGCCGGCUGGUCACAGUUACGUCUGCAUGGACUUGUCGAAAUUGCCACAGAUCCUAAAGCAAAUCUUCACAUCCUCAUUGUUGUGAUAAUCUGCUAACGAAAAUGUGUAUAAAUAUGUUUCUUUAGCAAAUAUUAGCGUAAGUCAAAAGUAGUGAAAUUUUUUGAAAAUGUAAUUUUGUUUCGCAUUGCUUGUAUUUAGUACAAGAAAAAAAUGUUGACAGUUACAUAUAUAUAUUUAAUGCGACUAUGAUAUUUGUUGAAAAACGUGUUUAUUUUUAUAACCAGUGAGUGCAUUUAUAAAUCAUUGUUACUAUAUUUGUAAGUUUAAAAAGAAAUAUAUUUAUUUUUAAUAAUUUCAAACCAA